AUGUUGCCAUUCGACAUUGCUACCUACUACUACCGUAAAUCCCAUGAUGACGCCCUCGACGGAGAUCUACCGCGACGGGGGCCGUCAUAUCUCUCGCACCCAUCGCCAGUGAGGCGCAAACUGCGGCGGGAGGAGGACGCGGUGGCUGACACGGGGAAAGGCCGCAACGUCGUGUGCGGGUCUGCACUGACAGAUUGGCGUCCACCAAGAUGUUCAACCAGCACUCGGCAUCCCGGUGAGGCGGCUAUGUCGCGGCGGAGCAGAAUGGGGAAGAAGACGGUGAGCAUCCCGGGGAAAAUUAAGACGCUGGUUAACCUUGAUGUAAAUAGGGCACAAAUGUGGUUUCAGCGCCCGAGCCCAGCUGCUCCCGUUAUCCUCGGCGUUGGCUCCGCUAUGUGGAUCCGUGAAAGGUUGUUAGGAUUAAAGCGAGCUGUGGCACAGAAAGAAAAACGACCUGCGCUGGGGUCUUUAAAAAACGUCAGAGAAAGUGGUUGUAGUCCGCGGCAGCGACGGAGAAUCACCGGCGUGCAUGCGAUGGCGGACAACGGGUUUGAGUUCCUGGAGGGAGACAGACAGAAAGAAGAGGCAGAAAGAAUGCAGCUUGAGACGUUCUCCACCUUGUUUCACAGGACGGAAUACAAGCACGCCGCGCUCGCGUCCCACGUCGCGCUGCGCCUCCUCUCCGACAGCCCCGGCGACGACGGCGGGCCCAGCGUGCGGUUCGCCAACGGCGUGUGGGUCGACGCCGCCAUGCGCCUCAAGGUCGACUACGCUGCCCUCGUCUCCGAGCACUACCGCGCCCAGGCGCUCCCGGCGUCCUUCAAGGACAUGCCAGAGGAGGCGAGAACCCAGAUCAACCGGUGGUUCGAGAGCGCAACGGCGGGCCGGAUCAAGGGCCUCCUGCCCGAGGGCUCCAUCAACGGCGCGACGCUGGCCGUCCUCGGGAACGCGCUCUACUUCAAGGGCGCCUGGUGCCGCAAGUUCGACCCCCGGCUCACCCUCGACGACACCUUCCACCUCCCCGCCGGCGGCAGCGUCCGCGCGCCCUUCAUGUCGAGCAGAGACCGCCAGCAGCACGUCGCCUGCCGCUCCGGCUACAAGGUCCUGCAGCUGCCGUACGCGCGCGGCCGGUACUUUUCCAUGUACAUCUACCUCCCGGACGAGCGCGACGGCCUGCAGAGCCUGCUGCACAGGCUGGGGUCCGACCCGGCGCUGCUGGAGAGCUCCACGACGCUGACGGCCCAGGUCCCCGCGGCCUUCAAGGUGCCCAAGUUCACCAUCUCGUGCAAGACGAACGCGACCGAGCUGCUGCAGGACCUCGGCCUGCGCCUGCCGUUCGCGCCCCUCGCCGCGGACUUCUUGGAGAUGCUGGAUUCGGCGGCGCCGCUCGUCGUGUCGGCCGUCUUCCACCAGUCCUUCGUCGAGGUGAACGAGGAAGGGACGGAGGCGGCCGCGGCGACCGCCGUUGUUGCGUCCUUUGGCGCCGCGGCGGUGAGGACGCCGGUUCAGGUCGUGGACUUCGUGGCCGACCACCCGUUCAUGUUCUUGAUCAAGGAGGAGCUCAGCGGCGUCGUGGUUUUCUCCGGCCAAGUGGUCAAUCCGUUGGUUCCAUACUAA